GCUGGGAGCUGGAGAGCCGACUGCGCUGCUCGGAACUGCCUGGAAACUUCAGUGGGGCAACAACUUUACCAGUUCUCAGUCCAGGAACUUUUCUUUGCAAGAAAGAGGGGUGCAAGUGGCCCCGAUUUCGUUCUCUGUUUUCCCUUCCAUCUCCGCUUCGAUUCGCCUUCCCGGGGUUUGGAGCGGGCAGCUGAGUACCCGCCACCCAGCGCCUCUGCUAAGUACUCACCGCCGCAGCCCGGUGACGCGCCAAUCUCCCCGGGAGCCGCUCGCUCGGCGUCCGCGUCUGGGCAGCCGAGGGAAGAGGAGCCCCAGCCGCUGCGGCUUCUCGCCUUUCCCAGCCACCCGCCCCCUGCCCCGGGCUCGCGUAUGAAUCUCCUGGACCCCUUCAUGAAGAUGACCGACGAGCAGGAGAAGGGCCUGUCCGGCGCCCCCAGCCCCACCAUGUCCGACGACUCGGCUGGCUCGCCCUGCCCCUCAGGCUCAGGCUCCGACACGGAGAACACGCGGCCCCAGGAGAACACGUUCCCCAAGGGCGAGCCGGAUCUGAAGAAGGAGAGCGAAGAAGACAAGUUUCCCGUGUGCAUCCGCGAAGCGGUCAGCCAGGUGCUGAAGGGCUACGACUGGACGCUGGUGCCCAUGCCGGUGCGCGUCAACGGCUCCAGCAAGAACAAACCACAUGUCAAGCGGCCCAUGAACGCCUUCAUGGUGUGGGCGCAGGCUGCGCGCAGGAAGCUGGCGGACCAGUACCCGCAUCUGCACAACGCCGAGCUCAGCAAGACUCUGGGCAAACUCUGGAGACUGCUGAACGAAAGCGAGAAGAGACCCUUCGUGGAGGAGGCGGAGCGGCUGCGCGUGCAGCACAAGAAAGACCACCCCGAUUACAAGUACCAGCCACGGCGGAGGAAGUCCGUGAAGAACGGGCAGGCAGAAGCCGAGGAGGCUACGGAACAGACGCACAUCUCUCCCAACGCCAUCUUCAAGGCGCUCCAAGCCGACUCCCCGCACUCCUCCUCCAGCAUGAGCGAGGUGCACUCCCCGGGAGAGCACUCCGGGCAAUCUCAGGGUCCGCCGACCCCACCCACCACUCCCAAAACCGACGUGCAAACUGGCAAAGUUGACCUGAAGCGAGAGGGGCGCCCUCUGGCAGAGGGGGGCAGACAGCCCCCCAUCGACUUCCGCGACGUGGACAUCGGGGAGCUGAGCAGCGACGUCAUCUCCAACAUCGAGACCUUUGACGUCACUGAGUUUGACCAAUACUUGCCGCCCAAUGGCCACCCAGGGGUGCCGGCUACACACGGUCAGGUCACCUACACCGGCAGCUACGGCAUCAGCAGCACUGCUGCCUCCCCUGCCACCGCGGGCCACGCGUGGAUGUCAAAGCAGCAGGCGCCACCCCCUCCGCCGCCGCAGCCCCCGCAGGCCCCGCAAGCCCCGCAGGCGCCUCCGCAGCAGCAAGCGCCCCAGCAGCAGCAGCAGCAGGCACCCCCGCAGCAGCAGGCACACACGCUCACUACACUGAGCAGCGAGCCGGGUCAGUCCCAGAGAACACACAUCAAGACCGAGCAACUGAGCCCCAGCCACUACAGCGAGCAGCAGCAGCACUCCCCGCAGCAGAUCGCCUACAGCCCCUUCAACCUUCCACACUACAGCCCCUCCUACCCGCCCAUCACGCGCUCGCAGUACGACUACACAGACCACCAGAACUCCGGCUCUUACUACAGCCACGCAGCGGGCCAGGGCUCGGGGCUCUACUCUACGUUCACCUACAUGAACCCCGCGCAGCGCCCCAUGUACACCCCCAUCGCUGACACCUCCGGAGUCCCUUCUAUCCCGCAGACCCACAGCCCGCAGCAUUGGGAACAACCGGUCUACACACAGCUCACCAGACCCUGAGGAGCCCUUGAAGAGGGAUGGCGAUAGAGCUGAUCGUUAAAAGAAAGAAAAGAAAGAAAAAAAGAAAGAAAGAAAGAAAAAAGAAAGAAAGAACCGAAGAAAUCAAGAACCAGUUGAAAUUCCUUUGGACACUUUUUUUUUUUUUGUCGUUGUCCCUAUUUCUUAAAGACAUGUAAGCGAAGGUAACUAGUGCUGAGAUUCCAGGAGAGAGACUUUAAGACAUUAUCCGAGCACAUGCCAACCUAAGACAAAUGGCUGGGCCACUCGUGGCCAGAUGGACCCACCUGAAUCAUCAAGGAAGGAUUUGGUUCCUUCAGAGUCAGCUUGGAGGACGAUUGGAGAAUCUCCCUGCCUGUUUGGACUCUGUAAUUAUUUUUUAGCCGUAAUUAAAGAAAAAAAAGUCCUCUGUGAGGAAUAUUCUCUAUUUUAAAUACUUUUAGUAUGUACUGUGUAUGAUUCAUUACCAUUUUGAGGGGAUUUAUACCUAUUUUAGAUAAAAAAUUAAAUGCUCUUAUUUUUCCAACAGCUUAACUACUUGUAGUUCAACAGUGUCCCCUAGCCUUCCUUGCAACCAGAAUAUUUGUGUACAGAUAUGCUUUCUCCUUAAACUAAAAAAAAAAGAAAAAAAAAAGAAAAAAGAAAAAGAAAAAAGGCAUUGUUAUAAUAACAUUAAAAAUAAACACAGAGUUUUGUUACAUCAUCAGUUUUGGGGGUGAGCUUUGGUUAAUUCUCCAGGCUCUCGGAUUUCAGGAGCAGCUGCCUUAAAAAAUGAAAGAAAGAAAACCUUAUUUUGCAAUAAGGGGAAUAAACAUAGAGAACAUUGGUGAGCUUUAUCAUAUAGAUAUAUAUUUUUUAAAUGAGAAGAACACCUUGAGCCUUAAACCCCCGCUGCUGGGAAAAUGCAAACGCUGUUCCUAGAACAUUCACCGUGCCUGCCUUUGCUUGCUGGCUGCAGCCUCAGAAGGAAAGCCAACGACAAGCCAAGGAGACCAUAUUUUCUUGGGGAAGAUUUUUUUAAGCAGCCUGUAAGUGCCCAAGCACAUUGCCCCCUGGUUCCUGCCUGGGCCCCAUGUGCACAGCAGAUGCUGGAGUAGGCCUGCUCAGACUGUGACUGUCACCUGUGCCUCCCUGAAUACCAGCGUUUAACCUCCAAGACAUUCCACGUGCUAAAAUUAUUUAUUUUGUCAGGAGGAGUUUUCAUUUUUUUUUAAGAAAAAAAAUCUCCUUCCUUUUUUUUCUUUUUUAAUUUACUGUCUUUAAGGUAGAUUGUUGGCGCCUUCCUCAAAGGGCAUCGUCAUCUGUUAAAUUAUGUUCUUAACUGUAACCAUUUUUUUAAUUUAUCUUUAAUCUUUUUAUUAUUAAAAGCAAGUCUCUUUGAAGUCUUCAUUCUAGAUUUGUACAAAUGCUUUCUUUUCGUCCGUCCUUGUGGUUUUUACACCCCCCCCUUUGUUGUUUUUGUUGUUGAUAACAAGGUGGAAACCUAUUUCUUUCUGUGAUGUACACACGAGAAGGUACAAAUGCCGUCGCUCAUCACUUUGUCGUUUGCAGUGUUUUCUGCCACGGGCCUUUGGGCUGCCUGGACUGACUGUGGAAGUGUCCACGUGUUGUCAACGCAAGCCCCUGCCAGCCUGUGUCGUGGCUAGCCCCCUGCCUGCUCUCCUGCACAGAGACAUCCAUGGGAUGGACAGACCUUAGUUCUUACUCACUGCUGUGGCUGGAGAAGAUGAGGGUUGCUUUUCAAAUUUCAACAACAGCAGACUUUUUUUUUAAUUUAAAAAAAAGAUAUAUUAACAGUCUUAGAAGCCAGUAGAGUAAAACCUUAAAGCAUUCUUAUAAUAUGGCAUCCUUCGAUUUCUGUAUAAAAACAGACCUUUUAAAAAAUAUUUCUGUAACUUAAAACCUGACGUGUAAGUCCUAUUUUUCUCUUUAGGUAAGGUUUGGUUUGUGUUUGUGUUUUGUUUGUUUCCCCCUCCAAACUUUUUGUUCUCUGUGGAACUCACCUUUCUUUCCUUCCUUUCUUUUUUUGUAUAUUAUUGUUUACAAUAAAUAUACAUUGCAUUAAAGUGAAAA